AAUCAAACAAGUUCCUGUUUUAGUGAACUUAUUUUAAUUUGGACUCAGGAGAGGAAGAUGGUUGUGAAGAAUACUGAACUUUACAGAUGAUCAAAAACUAUGAGUACAUAACAGGAGGAGAAGAAUCCGUGAUCUGGUGUUUUAGGUUUCAGUGAAAACAGUCAAUGUGAAAGUAUGUGAGUUAAACAAGCAGACUCCAUUUUGAGAAAAGAACAGAGCAGAGAGAGGAAUGGACGAGGAGACAGGGUGAGUAUUUACUCUUUUUUGUUGUUGUUUUAAUGUCAAACUCUUUAUCUGUAUCAUAAUUUAAUGAAAAAUGAUUUACUGACUAAUACACUUAAAACCUACAAAGCAAAGAAACCAGAUCAGUUAAAGAGCUGGAUAAGUUUGAUACAGGAAACUGUGUAGUGCAGUUCUUACUCCUUGUUUAGACUUGUCUUUUCAGUAAAAUUAUAAAUAGGAAUCUUUUAAUUUAGCCUCUCAUUUGAAAUCUAAUCCAGUACCUCAAUUUUUAUGAGACUUCAGGGACCUCACAGCUGAUUUUGUCUUGACCUUGAAUCAGACAGGGAUCAGAGAGAGGCCUUGCAGGGUGGGGAGAAGUACUUGAAUAUUAAACCUGUAUAACUCUUAAAGAGGGGUAUGAAGCUUUUUUCAGACUAUAUACUUCUUUUCUGAUUCCUUUCUUUUUUUAUUUCUGAUCUCUCUCUUCCUGUUUGUGUCUCACCUGUUUAUCUACUUUGUCCUCAGGUUGUGUAACGUGGGGUCAUCCUCCAUAAGUUUGCACAACAUAAGGUGGAGGAGAUGAGUGUUUGUUACAAGAAGGAGGAGAGCAGGGCAAAGUCUGUUGUUUCCGACUGUCUGUCUAUGAAGAGUGACCGGUCUAAAGGUAUUAUCACGGACUUCAGGAAAGAACCAGGAUCCUCAGAGGAGGGCAGAGCAAAGUCUAUCAUGUCCGACUGUCUGUCUAUGAAGAGUGAUCGUUCUAAAGGUAUUAUCACGGACUUCAGGAAAGAACCAGGAUCCUCAGAGGAGGGCAGAGCAAAGUCUAUCAUGUCCGACUGUCUGUCUAUGAAGAGUGAUCGUUCUAAAGGUAUUAUCGCGGACUUCAGGAAAGAACCAGGACCCUCAGAGGAGGGCGGAGCAAAGUCUAUCAUGUCCGACUGUCUGUCUAUGAAGAGUGACCGGUCUAAAGGUAUUUUCGCGGACUUCAGGAAAGAACCAGGACCCUCAGAGGAGUGCAGAGCAAAGUCUAUCAUGUCCGACUGUCUGUCUAUGAAGAGUGACGGGUCUAAAGGUCUUCCUAUGAACUUCAGUAAAGAACCAGGACCCUCAAAUGGACAGUAAGAGCAACACUUUUAAACCACCAAACUCUCAAACUACAACAAAUGAUGUUUCAUAUAUAAACUUUAAAUUCUGACCCCUCUGUUUUAAACCAUGGUGAUAAAAAUGAUCUCCUCUGCUCUCAAAACGCCGAUUUUCCUCUUUAACCUGCCAACUUGGAUAAAGGGCUGGUAAAGAAAAAAUCACUGAGCACAGAUUUAGUAUUUAUUCAUCAUGUCGAUAAAAAUGAAGGUUGUAAAAACAACAUUUGAAAAGAAUUCUGACCUCUGUAUUUUCUGAUUUGGUUCUUGUGUUUGAGACGUUUUAAGCCUGUAAGUCUUUGGACUGUGGUGUAUAGAUCUUAGAAAUCCAGAAAAAUGAAAACUCAUUCAAAGCGUCCGUCUGUUAUUGGACCUUUAGAUCUGAUUGGUCAAAAAAUGUUUUAAACUGACAGAGAAAAUCUUUCCACCCACAAAAAUCACAGUUUAUUUUUUCUCCUGUCACCAUACUUUCAGGCAGCAGCAGCUGAAUAUUUUACAGGAGAUUUUUUUAUGUUAGAGAAAAGAGUGAGGUCGGAAACUCUGGUUUAAUAAAUGCUUCUUAUUCUGUAUCUUUCAAACAUGAAAUGAUAAUGAUAAAGAAAAUAAAUGUUCUUUAUUUCCACAGAGAGACACAGAGAUGUGACUCUGUGGAAGAGCAGCUGUCGAGCUCUGAUCGAAGUAAGUCUGAACAUCUGUCCUUUGAACCCUAAAUUACACAAUUUCCACCUGGAUUAUUUUGUUUAUUUUAGCCUUAAAAUUGGCAGAAAAUGUUCUGAGUGAGUGCUUUUAUCCAUUAUCACUUUAUCCAGAUCACUUUGAACUUUCAAUAUCUGGCUGUCAUUUACUAUUUACUGCCUGUUAAAAGAGUGCUUUAACAUUUUAAGAUAAAGAAAAACACAAAAACGGAAUAAGAUUUUUUGAGUUUUAAUGAGAAAAAACAGAAAAUAUUCAUGAACAAUAGAUUUCAGCAGUAUCAAACAUGAUGGUAGGGGACAGUCCCGCCUCCUUCGCCUCUGAUUGGCUAGAAAAGCUGGAAACAUCAUUGCACGCUCAAGCCAAACGCGAGCUGUCGACUCUGUACAUCAAACAGAACAUUACAGAACAUUAUCGCACUUCUGAAUCUCCUAACCCUAACCCGACAGAAGAUGACUUUUCACAGCCAUAAGGAAUAACCAAUCGGAGCCCAGCACUUCUAGCCAAUCACAGGCGAAGGAGGGCGGAACCUUCCCCUACCAUCCUACAAAAAAAACCCUGCUUCUGGGACGGAUCAGGUAGCGACAGGGGCUGUGGACAAACUUUAGAAAUUUAUUACACAGAAUACACAUUUUUCUCCCCCCUGCUUGUGAUGUUGACAUGUAGUUGCUGUAAGACUGGUUUGUGCUCAAGUCCUCUUUUUUUCCAUGCAGCUCCAUUUUUAAAAGUUAUUAGGGGGUUCAUGUUUUCUGUGAUUGACACCUGAUGCAGCCUAUGGGCGUAUGAAGAUUGCGUAGCUCACCAGGGGGAUACGCUGUUUGAGCCGAGCGUCAUCAUAGCGACUCUCAGCGACUCUCCCGCCAAAUGCGAACAAUGCUACUGCGCAAGUGGUGGAGGGGGCACAACGCUACUGUGCAAUGUUGGUUUCAGGAAUUGGAGAAAAGAAAACACUAAAUUACCGAGAAGUUUUCGGCUUUAAAUCUGAAUAUUGGCCGAGGCAGAACCAAGUUGUCUAUAGUAUAAACAGUCUAUGGUCUAUCCGCUGCUCCCUUUGAGAGGGGGAGAGGGGACGGAGAGACAGAUUUUCUCACUUCCCUAAAUAGCAGGAGUAAAAUUGCGGCAAUAACUGUAUAUUGGCUGUGUAGCGCAACUUCUCAGCUUCCAGAAACCGUUGUUUUUUCUGAAAGCACAAACUGUCGCAAAGUUAGGGUAAUUUAAAGAGUGCCUAUGCAAACGUGUCGGCGCCAACACAUUCAGAGGACAAAGUCUGCGUGGAUGAAAACUCAGCUGACUGAUUGAUCACAAAGACGUCUUUGUGUUGAGCAGUUUGGUUCAUUUUAUUUUUCUUCUCUUUCAGCAGAUCGCGGUCUGCAGGAGGUUUUAGAUGAACAUAAGAUCAGUCUGAAGAGGAGAUGUGAACGUGUGAAUGAAGGAAGUGAUGAAACAGGAAGUAGUCAAACCCUCCUCAACAGGAUCUUCACUGAGCUCUACAUCACAGAGGGACUGAGUGAAGAGGUGAACACACAACAUGAGGUGAGACAGCUGGAGACAGCUUCAAAGAUGAAGACCCUCCGUGACACACCCAUCAAGUGCCAUGAGAUCUUUAGAGUCUCACCAGGUCAACAGAAGAAGGUCAUCAGAGUGGUUCUGACCAACGGUGUGGCUGGUGUUGGAAAAACCUUCUCAGUGCAGAAGUUCACUCUGGACUGGGCAGAGGGUUUGAAGAACCAAGACCUCAAUCUGGUGAUCCUGCUUUCAUUCAGGGAGCUGAACCUGAUCAGAGAUGAGCGCUUCAGUCUUCUGAGUCUGCUCCAUGUUUUCCAUCCAACGCUAGAGAAGGUCACAGCAGAGACGCUGGCUGUCUGUAAACUUCUGUUCAUCUUUGACGGUCUGGAUGAAAGCAGACUGUCUCUGGAUUUCACAGACUCUGAGGUGGUGUCUGACGUGACACAGACGUCUUCACUGAACGUUCUGUUAACAAACCUCAUCAAGGGGAACCUGCUCCCCUCAGCUCUCAUCUGGAUAACUUCUCGACCCGCAGCAGCCAAUCAGAUCCCUCCUUCACGUGUGGACAGGGUAACAGAAGUACGAGGCUUCACUGACGACCAGAAGGAGGAGUACUUCAGGAAGAGGUUCAGAGAUGAAGAUCUGUCCAGAAGAAUCAUCUCACACAUCAAGUCCUCCAGGAGCCUCCACAUCAUGUGUCAGAUCCCGGUUUUCUGCUGGAUCACUGCAACAGUUCUGGAGGACAUGGUGAGCAGAGAGCAGAGAGGAGAGCUACCCAAGACCCUGACGGACAUGUACUCACACUUCCUGCUGGUCCAGACUAAGAGGAAGAAGCAGAAGUAUGGCAGAGAACGCAAGAGGAGUUCAAAGGAACUCAAAAAAGCUGACAGGAAAGUCCUCCUGAAGCUGGGGAGGCUGGCCUUUGAACAUCUGGAGAGAGGAGACAUCAUGUUCUACCAAGAAGACCUGGAGCGUUGUGGUCUGGAUGUCUCAGAGGCCUCGGUGUACUCAGGAGUUUGUACAGAGAUCUUCAGAAGAGAGAGUGUGGUCUUCCAGAAAACAGUUUACUGUUUCGUUCAUCUGAGCGUUCAGGAGUUUCUGGCUGCAGUUUACAUGAUCCAGAGUUUCACAAACAGGAACACAGAAGCUCAGAAGACUUGCCUAAGGGACAACAAACUCAAAGACAAAAUGUUUUCUUCAAAGACAGUUUCCAGUUCUUUUCAAAACCUGGACAACUUCCUGAAGAAUGUCAUGGAGAAAUCUCUUGUCAGCAAAAACGGCCACCUGGACCUGUUUGUUCGCUUCCUUCAUGGACUCUCUCUGGAGUCAAACCAGAGACUCUUAGGAGGUCUGCUGGGUCACACACACAACAGUCCAGGAAUGAUCCAAAGAGUCUUAGGAGGUCUGCUGGGUCACACAGACAACAGUCCAGAAAUGAUCCAGAGAGUCGUCAACAACCUAAAGAAGAUGAACAGUGAUCGUAUCUCUCCUGACAGAAGCAUCAACAUCUUCCACUGUCUGAUGGAGGUGAACGAUCUGUCAGUUCAUCAGGAGGUUCAAGAGUUCCUGAAGUCAAAGAACAGAUCAGAGAAGGAACUCUCAGAGAUCCACUGCUCUGCUCUGGCCUACAUGCUGCAGAUGUCAGAGAAGGUUCUGGAUGAGUUGAACUUAAAGAAGUAUAACACAUCAGCCCAGGGACGACUGAGACUGAUCCCAGCUGUGAGGAACUGCAGAAAGGCCGUGUAAGUUCAGGUUUUAUUCUCAGAAUAGUGUAAAUGAGCCCUGUAGUUCUUCCAAUGUCCACAUUACUGAUGAUGUUCUUCAAGUAGUAAUCUACUCAAAUAUCAGGGAGGGCGUUUCUUUAGGUUUGGCAAAAACAUGAUCCUGGUGUCAAAAGUCCUAUUAGCCCAGGAUGAGGUCUACCAGUGGACCCCUGAGAACUUGUCCUGAUUGUGGAGGACCUCUUUGUUUUGAAUCGUGUCUGUAAUGAAUAACGUAGAACUUUCAGGUCAAAUCAGUGACCAUAUCUGGGGACACAUAAGUGGAAACAGCCGUGCUCUUCCACUGUAUAUAUGGACACCAUGUCUGUAAGGAUAAGCAGUGUGACUGCAGCAUCAUCAUCAUCAUCAUCAUCAUCAUCAGUUUUCCAUGGUUUCCCUUUGUUGUCAUGGUGAUGCAGAGUGAAGGUGAUUCCUCUAAUGUUGAGGUGUUGGUGGGCUGUAGCGGUCACAUUUCUCCCACUCGGCUGCAUGCCUCUGUUAAAGAUGUUGAUGUAAAUUGGUCAGACUGCUGCCUUCUGCUGAAACAGCCUUUAAACAAACACUGCAGCAGACUGGGGUUUGAUCCAGGUCUGAGUCUUUGAGACUGAACCAGUUCUGAAGGACUAACAAGACGGACUGUUUUAGGGAGCAGAAAAGUGAGUUUUUGGCCAUAACUAGCACUGCUGUCAUUAGGUUGAAUUCAUGCAGGUACCCAUAUUGAUCCUCCAUGUUGAUAUUAUCAGGACUCAUUAUUGAUACCUCACUUCAUGAUUUAAUGUAAACAUUUAAAAAAAGUCAAGAAAACAUGUUCAAAGAUGAAUCUCUUUUAUAUCCUCUAACUCCAAAUGUUUCUUUCUGCAUCAAAAACACAAACUGGCAAGAAUUCAGUCUGUUAUUUUUAUAGGAGUCAUGAGAACGUACGCCCCCUAGAGUUCAAAUAACCUCAACCCCCUUACUACUACUUGUAGCAUACUUAUAGCAUGUUUGCCCAGAGAGAGAAAGACACUCUUAAAGGUGCUCUCUGGAUUCAUCAGGCUUUAUAAACGUGUUUCUGCUGGUAAAGUGAACAUGGAGAAAAAAAAACUUGAACUGUGAAAACAAAGAAAUCUUCCACUCUUCAAAUGUUCAGAGUCAAACCAGCUCUAACCUGCUAAAAAAUGAUUUGAUCUGAACCAAUCAUAGAAAAAGGAGCUGCUGUGAUUUAGUGAGUCGUCCUCUGAUUGGUCAACAGUCAGUGUCUAUGGAAAGACUUACAUUACAGCAGGAUGUCAACAUUAAACAUUGAGAGGAGCACUGAUUCUCCAGGAGGUACUUCGGAUACUAACCAAUCACAUACCAGGACCAAAAACCUGGUUCUCAGUACCUUCUCCAACCAGAACUCAAGAAUUCACACAGUCAUAAGGAUACAGUUGCACUAACAUGAAAACAACACUGUUAGAGAACAGAAUGACUAAAAUAAGUCAUGGAGUCAUUUGUCUUGAACAUCUGAACAGUUUUUUUUUCUUCUAAACUUUGACUUCCUGUCUUCUCUCAUGGCUGUGGUCCUGAUAUUAGUAUCUGUCUGGUUAAAAACAGGCCGUCUGUCAAACCAAAGAUCAUGUUUGAGUUGUUUUUGGUGAAGAGAAACAUCAAAUUACCCUUUAAUUAAAUAUUGUUUGAUAUUUAUGUUGUUACAGAUUUUAUAACUGUGGACUCUCAGAGACUCACUGUGAAGUUGUGGCCUCAGCUCUAAAGUCCAACCCCUCCCAUCUGAGAGAGCUGGACCUGAGCGGAAACAAACUGCAGGAUUCAGGAGUGAAGCUUCUCUCUGCAGGACUGGAGAGUCCAAACUGCAGACUGAAGACUCUGAGGUCAGACACCAUUUCCUUCUGAUCUAACAAUAAGAUGUGACAGCUGCUGCCUUAGAUUUUUCUCUGUGGUUUUUCCAUCAACUUUAGUCGAGCAGUUUGAAUUUGUCGUUGUAAAACUUCAACACAGGAAGAAAAAUCCCACAUUUCAGAGUUGACUUUGAGGAGAACGAUGGAUGUAGAAAGGAAGCAGGAGAAAAUCAGUCCCACAAAUAUUACACAUGCUUGUAGAGAGCAGGAGCAGCACAGCCUAAAGGCUGAUAUUGAACUGAUCCACAAUUAAUGUGAUCACUAAUGAAUGAAUGAAGUGUCAGAGAAAUGAUGAGCUGCAGAUUGAAACCUGAAGAACAAAGUUAAUCCAACUCUGGAUAUUUCAUUUGGAAACUCUUGAAAACUUGAAUUUCUUCUUUGCUCAGUCGUGUUCAAAUGUAAAAACCAGAUCCAGAUUUUUCUGCAGUUUUCACUUCAGUUUGUUGAACAUUAACAUCAUGUUGUCCAGUUGGUCCAUAAAAACCUCUCUGAUCAAUGAUCUGUUGGUUUAUCUAAGAGUAGUUUGUCAGUUGUUGACAGCAGACGGACAGAGCCCUGAAUAUUCUCCUGACUAUUUUAAUCUUCAUGAAGAAUUCAGGACUACAAAAAAACUUUGAGAUUUCUCACUUGAGUUUCUUAGGAUCUCACCAAAGUUUUCUUUAUCUUUAAAAUUUUCUCAUUUGAAAAAUUCCUCAGGAUCUUCAAAAAGUUCGGAGAGGAUUUUACAAAGUUCCUCAAGAUCAACUCUGAAAAAGUUCUUCUUCCAUGUCCUUCAGGGGCUCAAGAACAUUGAAUCAUUAAAAACAGGAACAGUUUCUUCAGAGGUUACAAGAUUUUUUCUUUUUUCAAACUGAGGGACUACAGUUUGACAGAGAUCAGCUGUUCUUCUCUGGUCUCAGCUCUGAAGUCCAACCCCUCCCACCUGAGAUAUCUGGUGGCACAUUCAGGUUCAGGUUCACAUGGGCUGGAUCUGCUAAAUACAAACUCUCGAGACCAGCCUGGUUGAGGGAGGUCCGCUCAGUGUCCUGGGUGACACAGCACAUUUUACUCUCACUGAACUCUUCUUAGUUGAGAGUAUUUCUGGUUUGUCUCUGACUUCCAUGAACUCAGAUCUGGAGGAUUGCUGGCUGGUUUGGUCCAGUUCUGACAGUAGAGACAAAACAGUCUUUUUUGGGUCGAGUGUUAUUGUUGAAGAUCAGUGUACAGUGAGGGAUGAAGGCAGACAAAGAUCCUCCUGUUUCCUCCAUGUCACAGUUCAAGUUCAUUUUGAAGACUUUGAUUGAUCCGAGCGCUGAAGAGGACCAGGAAACGUGGAGAGUAGAAAAUGAGGGAGGACUUACAGCAAAGGAUCAUGGGAGUCAAACCAGCAAUUGCUGCAACAAAGACUUCACCGUCUGAACACCUGAACCUCUAAUCCACACCAGUGCUCCUUCACAUUUGAUGUCUUGUCUGUUAUUUUAUGUAGAGGUUCAAAGCAGAGCAGAUAAUGAGCUCUGACAGACUGGAUCUGGUCCAAAGGUCUCCUGUUGGAGUUCUCUAAACUCAAUAUUUUAAUCCUGAACACGUGAAGUUUGAUUAUUAAUUAUUUUAAUUUACAUGCUCUAUCCUUUUUUUCAGACUGUGGAGCUGCGGGUUGACAAAGAUCAGCUGUUCUUCUCUGGCCUCAGCUCUGAAGUCCAACCCCUCCCAUCUGAGACAUCUGGACCUGAGUGAAAACAAGCUGCAGGAUUCAGGAGUGAAUCUGCUGUGUGACUUUCUGCAGAGUCCAAACUGUAAACUGGAGACUCUAGAGUGAGACUUUUUCCCUCCAUUCAAACAUUAUCAUGAUUUAUUUGUGAUGAUGACACUAAACUGCUGACUCAGGACUGAAACACUGACCCAGACUGAACACCUUCAGUCCAGAGUAGAUUUCCUGCAUCAGUGGAUUUGAUUGACUCCAUUUAGAUCACUGCUGAGCUCCAGUGAAUUAAAACCUGAACACAAGAAGAAAACUCUUUGUAGAGUUCACAGUGAGAAGCACAUUCAGACAGAAAACAGAAGCAGGGGGAGAUUUGUCAGACGAGAACCAUUCAAACUUUUGUUCAGGACAAGAUCAGGGAACAGAAAAAACUCAGAGUUUAGUUUCUGACACUGAUGAAAGUCCAGCUCUGUUACUUUGAAUUUUGAUUGUUUUUCAAUCUUUGUGUAAAAAUCUGAAUUUGAUUGUUUAUCUUCACUUUUCUGAAGCCUUGCUGUGUUCAGACUGAAAUAUUUACCUCUCAAAGACGUGAUAUUUUUGGUUCAGCAAAGUAAAAAUAUUCUUAACAUCCUUUAUUUCCCAUCCGUCCUGAAGUCGCAGACAUUUUCUAAAAUUAUUGAGCUGCAUCUACAACGGGUAAAAAAGUUAUUUCACUGUUUCAUGUGUUUCUGAAUUCACUGUUUCAAACUUACUUCCUGUUUGGUUCAGCCCUCUGGAGCGUCACUUUUCUUUGAUACGUACUUUCCCCUGAACAAUGGACAUUUAAGACAUUAGAUUUCAAACUGGAUCAUCUUUUGUCUAAAAUCUCAUUAUUUCCUCUUUAUUUAGGUUAAAAGGCUGCAGUUUGACAGAGAUCAGCUGUUCUUCUCUGGCCUCAGCUCUGAAGUCCAACCCCUCCUAUCUGAGACAUCUGGACCUGAGUAACAACAAUCUGCAGGAUUCAGGAGUGAAGCUGUUGUGUGGCUUUCUGCAGAGUCCAAACUGUAAACUGGAGACUCUGGGGUCAGACUUUUUCCCUCCAUUCAAACAUUAUCAUGAUUUGUUUGUGAUGAUGACACUAAACUGCUGACUCAGGACUGAAACACUCACCCAGACUGAACACCUUCAGUCCAGAGUAGAUUUUCUGCAUCAGUGGAUUAUUUGAUUGACUUCAGUUAGAUCACUGCUGAGCUCCAGUGAAUUAAAACCUGAACACAAGAAGAAAACUCCUUGUAGAGUUCACAGUGAGAAGCACAUUCAGACAGAAAACAGAAGCAGGGGGAGAUUUGUCAGACAAGAACCAUUCAAACUUUUGUUCAGGACAAGAUCAGGGAACAGAAAAAACUCAGAGUUUAGUUUCUGACACUGAUGAAAGUCCAGCUCUGUUACUUUGAAUUUUAAUUGUUUUUGAAUCUUUGUGUGAAAAUCUGAAUUUUAUGGUUUAUCUUCACUUUUCUGAAGCCUUGCUGUGUUCAGACUGAAAUAUUGACCUCUCAAAGACGUGAUAUUUUUGGUUCAGCAAAGUGAAAAUAUUCUGAACAUCCUUUAUUUCCCAUCCGUCCUGAAGUCGCUGACAUUUUCUGGAAAAUAUUGAGCUGCAUCUACAAUCAGUAAAAAAAGUCUCUGAGUUUUUUAUUUUACUGUUUCAUGUGUUUUUUAAUUCACUGUUUCGCUUAUUGGAGCGUCACUUUUCUUUGAUUCAUACUUAUCCCUGAACUCUGGACAUUUAAGACAUCAGAUUUCAAACUGGAUCAUGUUUGUCUAAAAUCUCAUUAUUUCCUCUUUAUUUAGGUUGGAAAACUGCUGGUUGUCAGAGAUCAGCUGUUCUUCUCUGGCCUCAGCUCUGAAGUCCAACCCCUCCCAUCUGAAAACUCUGUGGCUGUAUCAAAACAAUCUGCAGGAUUCAGACAUGAAGCUGCUGCGUGAUCUUCAGAAGAGUCCAAACUACAGACUGGAGACUCUGAUGUCAGUAUAGAGUUGGAGUUAGUCUGUGCUGAUUUCUCCUGUUCCUCUCCACACAGUAUCACAGCAGAUAUUCAGUAUUUCCUGCUGACUCUUCGACCUUCUCAGAGGAUUCUUUCUUUAGUGAAGCUGUGAGAACAGAAAUCAUCAAACCAUGAGUGUAAGAGUGUCAGUGAUGAAAAAAGUGUCUCCUCGUCUCUAUAUUUCAGAUCAAAUGUAGAAAUGAGACAUAAUGAAACAGAAAUGUUCAGUUUUCUGCUCUGAAGUCCAGUUUAUAGUUCUCUGUAUUCAACACAGACUUUAUUUCUCUGCUAACUUGUUGAUUUUGACUUCUAAGUCUGAAAACAGACAGCUGUUCUUUAUACUUGUUAUUUUCACAGCAGGUUUGUUCGAUCAGCUUUAACAGAUUUGACAGGAAGGAUUUCUUUAUUUUGAUGAUGUUGGUUUAUAUGUGAGGAAACCUGCUGCUUUACAUCAUCACUUCUGGUCUGAGCAGGACUGAAACCUGCUGGUCUUUAAACUAGAUGUUCUUCUGAUGAAGUGAGUCUCAGAGUGGAAACACUGAUCGUCUUUUUUUCUCUCCUCAGAUGGAUUUGACAUCUGUCAGAGUGAUUCAGAAGAGGAUCAUGUGUUUCCUGAUGAUCAGAGAGGUGGAGGCAGCAGCAGUGAGGGUGAGGUGAGUCUCUGACGGAGCCACAUUACUGAGAGACUGACUGACCAAUCACAGCGGGCGUAGAGGACUCUGGGAGCUGCACUUUGACCUGCUCUGAGAUCAGCUCAGGACCUGGACUCUGGAUAUUUGAUAUUUCCCCUCAUAUUCUGGGAUCAAACAGUCUGAACAGGUUUGUUUUGUUGAUGCUAAAAUGAUCAUAAAUUUACACUUUGAUUGGAUUACAUUUUUUUUACCAUGAUGCAGCGCCACCCAGUGGAAGUAUAAAGAGGUGGAGUUGAUUUAUUCCCUCAUAUUUCUGCAGCAGGAGUUGAUACCAUGUGUGAGAGUCGAUCAGUCAGAAGUUCUGAUUAAACCCAAAGGUGUUUUCUUUCCUUUGCACCGUUAGAGACCAAAUAUAAACUGAAGGGAGAGGAAGAAAUGAUUGUAAAUAUUGAUUGGAGGUAAAUUGACCUUAUUUUAUAUUAUUAGACAUUAUUUUCCUUCUCUUUACAUGUUUUUGUUCUCAUAUAAUCUUUGUGCUCAUCAAUAAUCGAUUCCCUCCUGUUUGGAUGAACAAACACAGUUAUUAAACCAUAAAUGAGACCUGAAAGUCAAA